UAUAUGGAUUGAAGCUUUGAAGGCUAUAGCGUCCAGGAUGGGCUUCUGCGUGAAUGAGCACAGUGAUGAGUAUGAGAUCAUCAUUCGCAUCGUCAAAGACGUCCUAGAGACUAUUAGGCAGCAGAAAGGAGAAAAACCGGCUUUCUUUGGGAUGCAGCAACGUAUGGAGCAAUUGGAGCAGAAGUUAGAGUUUGAUUUAUAUAAAACUCAAAUUAUUGGAGUUGUUGGAAUGCCUGGUAUUGGUAAAACCACUCUCGCAAUGAUGCUGCACGAAAAGUGGAAACGAAAGUUUGUACAUUGCGUCACUUUUCUAGAUAUCAGUAAAAAAUCAGAGGAAGUUAGUCUAGUGCAGCUGCGAAGGAAACUCCUGGAAGCUUUACUUAAUGGAAAAGUACGAGAAAUAAGUGACGAGACAACACAUGGAUCUGUAAAAGUUGAACUACUCGAGACCAAGAUUUUUGUUCUUCUCGAUGAUGUGAGUGACAAGAAACAGUUGGAGUUUCUCCUCGGUGAACUUGACUGGGUUAAGAAGGGAAGCAAGAUUAUUAUAACGACCUGUGACAAGUCAUUGCUUGAGGGAUUGGCUGAUGAUACUUAUGUGGUCCCGAAAUUGAACGACAGAGAGGGCUUUCAGCUCUUUAGUUAUCAUGCCUUCCAUGGUCAAAAUUUUUAUCCCACCAGUAGCUUACUGACGCUCUCUAGAAUGUUUGUGGAUUACGCUCGAGGACACCCGUUGACUCUCAAAUUACUAGGUGAAAAACUUAAUGGGAGGGAAGAGGUUUACUGGGCAUCUAUAUUGGAAAUGAUGAACAAAAACUCCGAUAGGAUGUUCCAAGAUGUCUCGAGAUUCUCUACUGAUCAAAAUAGACUUAGUGGGAGGCAGGAAGAUGUUUUUCUCGACAUAGUGUGCUUUUUUAAAUCAGAGGAUGAGUACUUUGUUAGGAGUUUGCUAGAUUCAGGAGAUCCUGACUCUGCUGAUACUGUGAGUGAAGUAAAAGAUCUCGUCAACAAGUUCCUGAUUACAGUUGCUGACGGCCGAGUAGAAAUAAAUGUUCCACUAUAUAUGUUCUUUAAAGACCUUCGUCCUCCUCGGUGGCUUAGGCUAUGGAACGACGAAGAUAUCAUCAACAAGCUAAUGAAAAUGGAAAAAUCAUCUAUAAGAGGUAUUUUCAUAGACACGUCAAAGUUCUUGAAGAGCAUCGGCUUGGACCAUUCAACCUUCGAUUAUAUGUGGAACCUUCGAUACAUUAAAAUAUAUGAUUCCUCUUGUCAUCGGGAAUGUAAAACUGCAAGCAAAUUAGACCUCCCCGAUGGGAUUGGAUUGCGGUCAACAGAGGUUCGAUAUUUUCAUUGGGUGAAAUUCCCAUUGAAGGAGCUUCCACAUGACUUCAGACCGAUGAAUCUUGUUGACCUUAGACUGCCAUACAGUGAUAUUACACGUCUUUGGGAAGGCGAUAAGGAUACACCGCGGUUGAAGUGGGUGGAUCUUAGCUACUCAAGUGAGUUGCUCGACUUGUCAGCAUUGUCAAAGGCUGAAAAUCUUCAAAGACUAAAUCUGGAAGGUUGCAUGAGUUUGGACGAGUUGCCAGUGGAGUUUGAAAAUAUGAAGUCUCUUGUAUUCCUGAAUCUAAGAGGAUGUACAAGUCUUUGGUCUCUUCCGGAGAUGAAUUUAAUCUCUCUAAAAACACUCAUCCUCAGUAAUUGCUCAAACCUAGAGGAAUUUCAGCUAAUUUCAGAAAGUGUAGAAUUUCUACAUUUGGAUGGCACAGCAAUCAAAGGACUUCCUCAGGCUAUACAGAAACUCCAGAGGCUUGUUGUGUUGAAUUUGAAAAACUGCAAAAGGUUGGCGAGUCUUCCCAAUUGUCUGAGCAACCUGGAAGUUCUUGACAAGCUAAUACUCUCUGGUUGUUCAAGGCUUAAGGAUCUUCCGGAUGUCAUGAAUAGUUUAAAACAUCUUAAGACUUUACUUUUUGAUGGGACAGGAGCAAAAGAGAUGCCAAGCAUCUCAUGCUUCACUGAAUCCGAAGGCCCAGCUUCUGCAGAUAUGUUCUUACAACCUCUAGGAUCCAUGAGAGAAUGGCCAUUUGCUGUUAACGGAGUAUCCUCACUGCGACGUCUAUGUUUGAGUGGAAAUGAUUUUGUCAGCCUGCAACCUGAUAUUGGGAAACUUUAUCAUCUGAAAUGGCUCAACGUGAAACAUUGCAAGAAGCUGAGAUCUGUUCCGAUGCUUCCACCAAGACUUCAGUACUUUGAUGCACAUGGCUGUGAUUCACUGGAAAGAGUUGCAAAUCCUGUAGCCAUUUCGGUGUUGUCUGAUCAGAUGAUCCAUGCCACAUUCAGUUUUUCCAACUGCAACAAGUUGGAUCAAGACGCAAAGGAUAGUAUCAUAUCCUAUACUCGGUGGAGAAGCCAGUUAGUGCAAGAUGAGCUCACUCAAUACAAUGGGGAUUUAGUUUCGGAAGCUUUAAUUGGAACUUGUUUUCCUGGAUGGGAAGUACCCGCAUGGUUCAGUUACCAAGCCUCUGGAUCGGUGUUAAAGGCCAAGCUGCCUGCACGCUGGUAUGGCAACAAGUUUAGUGGGAUUGGUCUAUGCGGUGUUAUCUUAUUUGAUGGCUACCACAGCCAGAGGAAACGUGUCUUAUUGAAAUGUAAUUGUGUGUUCAAGAAUGAAGACGGGUCUAGUAACCGCUUUAGCUUCACUGUUGGAGGUUGGAGCGAACCAAGUGACACACCACGGAAGCUUGUGUCGUCUCAUGUCUUUAUUGGCUUUACGAGUACGAUGGAUAUCAACAAUAUAAGUGAAGAUGAGGAUGAAGAGAAAUGUGUUUGUACUGAAGCCUUGAUUGAGUUUGAAGUGACAGAUGGUAUGGAAGAGAUCAAAGGUUGCGAGGUGGUGAAGUGUGGCUUCAGUUUGGUAAAUGCACCCGAAGUAAGGGGGAAUCUAUGAUCAGAUUUAAAAAAAUUUGUAAUUGUGAACAUACAAGGUGAAGCAAAACACAAAGCUACCUUUCAAACUUUUUCGAAAAGCUAACCACAUGGUGGUGGGCUAGUGGCUCUCAUGAAGAGUUGCCAUGUUGGUUUAGGUCGGGAUCAAUUCUAUCCAGAUGCGAAUUGCUUCUCAUUUA